AUGGAAAAAGAGUAUAGCGAUAGAGUUGCUAAAGCAGAGCAAUUAAUCAUCCAAUCAAGAUAUAUAGAGGCAAUUGUACUUUUAGACGAAGCAAUUAAAAUUUUACCAAAUGAUGCAAAAGCAUAUGCACAUCGUGCUGAAAUUUACGAAGUUACAGAAAAAUAUGAUGAAGCCAUUCAAGAUUAUACUAAAGUUAUUGGAAUUUUACCAAAUUGUAUACCAGCUUAUUCAUCAUUAGCAGCAUGUUUUUUAAAUAAAGGUCUACUAGACAAAGCAAUUCAAUAUUUUAACCAUAUUUUAGUUAUCGAUGGAAAUUAUUUACCAGCACAUGGAUAUUUAGGUGAUAUCUAUUUAAAAAAUAAUCAAUUAUCAAAAUCAUUUGAACAUUAUAAAAAAGUAUUAAGCAUUGAUCCAAACCAUCCAAUUGGUCUUUUGGGUUUAGGAGAUUUAGCAGUAAAACAAAACAAUAUUUCCGAUGCAAUCAAAAUUUAUCGUCAAAUUAUUAAGGUUACCAAAGAUAAACCAAUCGAAUUUUAUCACACCAUUAGAGGUAUUGAUUCAUCUGAUGAAAUUCAAUACAUUAGAGAUUUUAAAAACAAUCCAGUAUUUUCUGCAUACGUCUCAUUAGCACACCAUCUCUAUCUUCAAGGCGAAUAUAAAGAGUCAUUCGAUGUUUAUAAAAAGAUUACUGAACUCAACCCAAAACAUGCUACCUCAUUUUCAAUGUUGGCAUCUAUCAAGCUCAGAGAUGGCAAGACAGCAGAAGCAUUGGAGUAUAUCGACAAGGCAUGCGAAUUAAACAACACAUUCUUUAACCUCAGUAUCAAGGCCGAUGUAUUAUUCGACUUGGAUCGUAACGAGGAGGCCAUCGCUAUAUAUAAAAGUUGUUUAGCAGAUUUAUUAGAGGGAGAAAACCCAGACCCUGAAAAAUCAGGAACCCGUUUAACAAUCAUACACAAUCUUAUUUUAGCACACUCUAAAAUUUUCGAAUCAAUACCAGAUUUCAACCUCUCAUCUAUAGCUCAAUAUAUACCAGAAAGUGAUGCAAAAGAGGCACAAAUACUACCAAACACUCUUUACGAAUUAAAUAAUAAAUGUCGUAGUUUUUCAAAAACCCUCGAAAAGGUUUGCGAAACCCAUUUCCCAACAGGUACAAUUCAAAAAGAGUAUUGUGAAAGCUCAAUUAAUUUACUAUCAACCAUUGCAUUGGGUUGUGCUGAAGCUAUUCAAAUCCAACACCGUGAAACCCAAGAUCCAUCCUUAAAAGAUCCAAACUAUGAACCAAUGGACGACAUGUUUUUUGACUAUUACGAAUUCGUUAUUUCCACUACUUUUAAUUUAUCAAAAGACUAA